AUGGGAGGAGAGAAGGACGCCAAAGGCGACGAGAAGGCGAAACGCAAAGCUAUGAAGCUGAAAAAGCUGAGUGACAAAGAGAGCGCAGGUGCUGUGGGAGAUAAUGUUACCAUCAAAAACAGGUCUGUAAUGCAUACGUGCUCUUGCGUGAAAGCAAAAUUUGUGAAUAAGUUCAUUAUUUUAAGCUAGAGUUUAGUGGCUUUUAAGUAACCGUUUCAAAGAGUGUCACCAGGAAUUAUGGGUCUGAUAAGAAGGUAUCAUAUUGAGCCCUGACACCACAGCUGAAGUCAGACCUGAGCAACAGCUUUAGCCACACUUUUUUGCCCAUUACACCCUGAAAAUGGCGUUUAAGUUAUCACGAGAGAGCGAUGUACUUCUUGUCUUCUUCUAUGACAUCUGAAAUAAGAUAUAGUUUCAUAAACACCAAAUAGUACAGCAUAUCGAAAAACAUGCAGACACACAGAGUUCACUCUUGAUUGCACCUGGAAAUAAUCAGACUGCUUUACAUUGACUGUAUAUUUGUCUCAAACCCAAUCAGUAAAGCAUCUGUGGUCCUCUCUGGUCCAUCUCGACAGGUUAGCAAGUUAUUAUAAUCAAGUUAUUCUAUUUGUUGAUAAAAUAUUUAAAGAGCCAGUUGCUGAUUCAAAUACAAAAACAGCAAAUUAACUUUUGAAUGUUAAAAAUGAUAUAGAUUAAUAUGAACAAUUCAAUUGUUUGACUGUUUAGCAAUAUUGUAGCUUGCACAUAUUUCUUUAUGCAUCUACUGGAGUAAAUGGAAAUUUCCUCUCUUUCUGAACAGAUGACAGGAACUGAAAAGAUGGUUUACAAUUUUCGAGGGGAUAAAAAGUCAUAUUUAUUCUUUCAGUUUUGAUUAAAAAAAAACAAAACGGAAAUAACUUAAAGACAAUAAAUUGUUAACAUUUUAUUUUAUAGUCUUCUUAGUCUAUGGGAAUUCAGUCAGUUACUUUCUGCUCCGUGUACUAGCCGUCCAUUCAAUUAUUCCAUUUAGUCUAGUACACAAAAAAAUGAAAAAAUGAGUCAUUAUUUAAAGGCUAACCUGCUGUCAUGGAGAUGGAUGCAUCCUAAGUAUUAUUCAGAGCCGCCAGGAGGGUCACGCUGAAGGAAGAAGAUAUGACUGUAGAACUCUGUUACAACCAUAGACUGUAUAUACUAUGGACAACUUGGUUCCGCCUCCCGCCUGUUUACGGAUUUAAAGCCAAAAAUUUCUUGGUAUUUCUGGGAUUUUUCUUCAUUUCCUGAAAUCAGCGCGGCACAGUGGCAUUGUGCGCAUUUGGAGGGAGAGUCGCCGAGAGUCACUGUGAUGACGCUCAGCUCAAACAGCGUAUCCCCCGGGUGAGCUACGCAAUCCCUGAACGCCAAUAGGCUGUAUCAGGUGUCAAUCAAAGAUUUUAAAAAAGAGCUUCAUAGAAAAAAGAGGACUUGAGCACAACCAGUCUUAAUGUAGCUACAUGUCAACAUCGCAAGCAGGGGUGGAGACAAAUUUAUGUUCUGUGUAAUACAUUUCUAAAGUUUAUCCACAGCUCCAUAAGCUUAUCUUGCGGGGGGGGGGAUUUAUGAGCUAUACUGCAGCCCAUCAACAGAGGGUGCUGUUCUCGGAGUGGCUUCACCCAGCAAGGAGGCAGACUCUGUCCAUUCUAUAUACAGUCUAUCGUUACAACGUAAGAUUUUGCAGCUCGAACCGCUCUGUCGCAUCUUUCGCCAUGGUAACUGUUGCUGAGGAUCCGGGGAAGGCCAAUGUAGCCUCCAUGCACGUAUGCUCAAAACAGGUGCACUCAAAAUCAGUAAUUGUAAAUGAGAUUUAUUAUUUUGUUUUCAUUUCCUUCUCUAUUAUAUAUUCUGUUUUGAGCAGAAAAUACAAAAAAACACACUAUUUUUUUUAUUAUAUAGAAAAACAAAUAAAAUGUUUACUCGUUUUUUUCAUUUUUUGUUCACUAGAUUGAAUGGAAUAAUUGAAUGGACGGAUAAUACAUGGACCCUUUCCCCCUACUGUGGCACUCAUAACUAUUCCAUCAAGAUCUUGCUAAGUGCUGUUAUCUAAUUAGAUGCCUGUAAGACUCUCUGUCAUUACAGCCAAGUUUCAGCAGCUCCCUCUAGAUAAAUGAAUGUGACUUGACUGCAGCUCAUCCAACAUCUGUUCAGCAUCAGAAGUCCGCACAUCAGAGUUACUUUUGAAUUGAUCCUCCAAGUUUCAUUGCCUCUCACAUUUUUGAUAAGUGAGGACAAAUUAAUUUGGAUGAAAUAUUAAUACAAGCAAUGAUGAUGGAUCAGAUGGGAUUAAAAGCCAUAUGGCAGUAUUUGUGCGCUGCUAAAGGGCAGACACAGUGUUACCGGGAGAAUGCUACACUGGCUGAGCUGUCGAGCAGGUCGUUGUCGUCGAGUGAAUCCCUUCAUUCGACUGAGUACAGUGUGUACUCCAUCUUCAUAUGAAUAAAUUAAUUUACCUUGAUAUCUGAUGCGUUUAUUACCAUGCAUAUGUGAGCAGACAAAUGAAUGUGGAGUGAUCUGUCAUUGGCUUGUGUAAUUGAUGAGAGUAGGGAGAUGAAUAGACACCUGUAAGUGCUUCUGGCAGUGAAGCAGGCAGCUCUCCGUGACAGCUAGCCUCAUGUUAUUUCAUGGCACACUGGCUGAAUUACUGAUUAAGGAUCAACUUAUCCUCAUCAGCUACAAGACUCAUGGAACUAAUUUUCCCAAGCAUGACGGAAGCGUCCUGCUUUUCAAGUUGAAUUGCUUCACUCUGAGGCUUAACAUGCAGAAAUUCUAGAUAAAAAUAGAGCAAUAGUUGCUGUUCAGUUUCAUAUUACAUCCUUUCUUGAUGGGCGUAAAGGUCAAACUGAAAAAGAAAAUGUUCUUAGCUGUUGAAGGACUCUCAGUUUGUCUGAUAAGUGGCAUUUUAUAUAUUGCUACUAACCAGUUAAAGACAAGAAUCUAUAUGCUCUCACUGUAAGCCCUUACUUGAUAAAAGUGCAGCUCAAACUUGGUCUUAAGGGCCUCUUCAGUCAUCUCACAGUUGAAGUGGAAGCAGCUUCAUCUUUGCACUUCUGUAGAAUUUUCUCUGUUCGCGUGUUACGAAUGCUGCCUCACUAAUAAACGCUUUCCUUCCCUCUCAUUUUUAUCCGCUCCAUCUUGACACCUUGAUGAACAGUGCAAAGUCAACCAAAUCUACAGAGAAGACUCCCAAUGGGAAGUCUCACAAGAAGGUAAAUCACUCAUUUCUUCUUCUCUUUUCACAUUUCUCAGUUUGACUGUGUAGGAUUCCCACAUGUAAUAUGUUAAGUUUGACCUACAUCCAGAAUACAUAAAUAGAACCUGUGUUAUUUUGACCGGGACUCGUGGUGGUCACCAUAUCCAUAACUCUUGUCCUGUCAGAAAUAGCAUGUGAUACACCAGGGAGAAAACUCCAGCCUGUAACUCACUGACCUCAGCUCAGAAUGCCACAGCUACAGUGUGCGUAACAGCUUGUCCUAAUAGAUUACCUCCAUGCUAUUUGAAACCAGCAACAGAUAUAUUUAUAUGCAUACCAAGCAGACCUACCAAGUGGAGAAAAUUAGGGUAUAGCAACCGUUGUCAAAGCUUCAAGAUGAUCAAAAUGAAUUUUUAGUUUGACUUUGUUUUAUUUCAGUUGACAGACUCGACUCACUCUGCUUUUACUUGAAACAGUCGUCGAUAGGAGGCAGGGCUGAAAUUAUUUCAGAGCAAAACUUUUGCCCAGAAAAGAUUAAGUUCUUGUCAUUUCAGUCUUCAUUUCCAUUUUUAAAGCAAGCACUCACUCGGGUUUACAUUUCUCAAGACUUUUUCUUGAUCAGUGAUGCUUUAGGGCUGUAUAGUGACUCAUUUUUGUGCUCCAGCUGAUCACUACCUACUUCUGACUGCUCCUCAGUUGGUGUUCUUGCCCUUUUCAAACAGAAGUUGAAGUUGAACUUUAUAUUUUCUCUCAUAUGCUUCAACACUUUGGAGAAUCAGCUUCUGAGUACUAACUGGACAGCCUGACAGCAUUUAAGACCCUCUGAUUUAUCUGACUCGUUGUGGCAGUUGGUGAAAUGUGGCGUGUUUUCAUUCACUGAAAGUCAAAAAGUCACAACAGAGCCUGUCAAACAGACUUCUAUUUGAGACCUGCCUUUAUCUUUCAAAAUAUGAAACUGUUCAAAAGACCUUGACUUAAAUUGAGUGAGGCUUUUUUUACAGGUUAUAUUGAAUUUGUAUGUGACUUUAUAAAGAAAUCACUUUAAAUACAACAACCUGGCUUGAGCUUGGCAUGCAAGCACACUUUACGGGAUACCAGAGUCACUGCUGGAGUUAGUGAUCACAAAGAAGUGGCAUAAAUGAGUUCAACAGAACUCCAAAGUCUUCUUAAUUGUUUGAAGUUUCCAGUCAGUAUGUUUACAUGACGUUAAAAAGGUCCAUGUCUAGUGUUGGCUGACUCAAAGUGAACUUUUGAAAAACAUGAAAACAUGUUUGUCCGUCUAAAUACCUAGAUAACGAUGUUGUAGAUUGACUUUCUCUUGCAUGUAUAAACUCUUCAGCUGGCCCCAAACUGGCUUUGAUGUUGCAAGCAUGCUCCACAGUUGUGCUUGAACUGAGAAUGAACAUGAACUGUACAUGUAAGCGUACUGAGUUUUAUUUCCAAAACUUGAACUGGCUGCAAGGUAACAAUGACAACAUGAACAUUUACUAAAUGAAAUCAGACAUAUGUCACCAUUUGCCCUCUUACGUCAGUCAAUGUUGUAUACAAAAAAUAUGACAUCUACCUGAAAACGUGAGUGCAUAUGCUGUUUGCAUGCUCUGCGUAAUUGCUGCGUAUGUCUUUGCUUCACCUAACUCAGUUGCUUUUCACUGUGGGGAUUGCUUUAAACUUAUUUUCGAAUGUCAUCUUUUUAUGUAUCUGUUGGUUAUUUACAGCAAUUUAAAAUAAACAUUUACAAUACUCACUACCUCUUGAAUUUAACUGAUACAUUAAAACUUAUCUUAUUUUGAAUCUGUGGCAGUUUCUUGACAAGCAGAGACAUAAGAACCAUUUAAAAAAAAAACAUUAAAAUUGCAAAUAUUGCCUCAUCUAGGAAGUGAAGUUUUAAGACACCAAAUUGUAAAUUCAAAGAUAAACGCACAAAGACGGAAAGACAUGUUUUCUCCCAGGAGCCUCAAACAAAGGCAGCAAGGUUUGGCAUCACUGUUUUAUAUGUGUCGAAUGUGCACAGAUGUACAAUCCUGUUCAUUUGCUUUUGGGGUUUAAGAUUACAUGUAUAUAUUAUGCAUGUGAAUACAAGUAUACACCGCUUUGUAGGACAUCUGAGUGCAUUUUGAAGCUAUGUUUAUUCUUGUCUUCCUCAUAGGUCAAGACUCCUCAGAAAGAGUCCCCAGAGCCACCCAGCAGCCCCAGGUAGGGAUGAAGUUAUUACUGCCCGUUAUUCAAGACAGCGAUUAUGAGCAGACAGCAGACUAUAAAGUGAUUGUUAUGGAGACACUACCGUUCUCUUCUUCUCCCUUUCCCCCCCUUCAAUCCUUCCCCCUUUUCUGAAUUGAUGUAAAUGAAUCCUUGUGUUUUGAUGUCAAGACUCUGGAUAGAAGCCAUACUCAUUUUAUACCAAGUGUUAAGCUGUCUCACAGAGAAUUAAUCUCCCUCUGCGCUGAAGACAAAUGUCUGCAGCCUGUCAGGAAAGUAAUAAAUGAGAAUGCAUAGUUUGAGUAGCAAGAUGCUCAGCAGGGUGUUGCCUGGAAAGCAGAACUUGGUCCAAGGCCUGCUGCAUUGAAUUUGUCUCACAGCAAUGUUUCUACGGUGUUGUUAAUGGAUUGAUCCCUUAAAGUGGACCUUCCCAUCACAAUCUAAUAAGUGACAUUUAAAAAUAGAUCUCAUAACUUUUGCCAAACUCUGGCAUUUAGUGUUCCCCUUUUAAAGUGGCAACAGUGCUAGCCGAGAGGGUUUCAUGCGGAAAGAAAAGUUGAGGCCUGGCAGCAGAGUUUGGGAAGGAACACAAGGCUAUUAGAGCCACAGACCGUAAAUGUCAAUGGGCGCAGUGACCCACCUUUCUUUGUAUAGCCUUUUAUGGAUUUUUCUCAGUAGUGCAGUAAAGCUAGAAUUCUGACCACUUCUAUACACCCAUUUUUUCCCCUCUACAUUCAGCACUUACACUAACCUGCUUGAAGACAACACCCACUGAGGUUGGAGGAGUAAACAAAUCAUUCACCGUGUUAUAUAAAAUAUGUGGUGUAAAUAUUAAAAGCUUUUUUUUCUCUGUGUUGCUAAGGCUGAGAUUACAAGAAUCAGUGCUUUUCUGUGUGCUCGGAUAGGAGACUUAGAAAUCCCAUUCAUACUUGAUGGUUGCCGAUGUACAAAGCCUCGCACAAAAGCAACCAUGCUCUCCCAUGUUCGACAAUGUGGGAGAGAUUAUUUUGCCAGCGUGAGGUCUUUGUGGAAAAAAAAUGCCAUGUGAGUUUGAAUAAGCACUCAAAAGCAAAAGUGUGGCGAAGCCUGGACUGUAAUUAUGUUGUCAUGGACUUUUGAGCUGUGCAGGUCUCCAGUGAGAGCUUCUGAAAGAAUAAGUUCUGUAUCCCAGCUUAAGGGUCUGGACUUUAAAGUACCAUGCUGGAUAAAUGCAACGGUAAAAAAGUACAAAUGACACACGGCGCUGGAAACAGGGUGGUGCCAUUGUGAACACCAAGCUUUUUACAACUGACCAUUUUCACAGAAACACUUUGACUCAUAUAACAUAGUAACUUUUUUUUUCUUCUGGGGGUUUUACAUUACAUUCUCAGACCCAAAUCAAAAUUGAGAUGCAGUGUAAAGCGUUAAUAAAAGCAGAUUUUAGUCGUGUAAACGGUAUUUUAUGUAGAGCAGUAUAAAGACAGCGUGUUGAAUAAUGACUGAGAAAGUGUACUGCUUUGUUAAAAGCUCAUCCUCAUUUUAAACUUGAUGCCUUAAAAAAAAUGUAUCACAAAAGUUGGGACAGAAAAUAAAAAAUACUGAAGAGGUUGGGUAAUGCUGAAGAAUACCGAACACACAGAGAAACAUCUAUCUAUUUAGGUUAAUUUGCAAGAGGACAGUCACAAGACUGGGACCCCAGAAGUAAAGAUGGGAAGAAAUUCACAGCUCUGUGAUAAAUAAAGUGAGCAAAUAGUUAGUCAGCAAUUUUUGAUCACCAUGCUAAAAGUACUUUUGAAGUAUAAAGGAAACGUUAAAAGGGCUCAGGAUAAAUAGCCUGGAAUACUUCACAGGGAAACCAGCAACAACAUUUCAGGGUGCAUAAGUAGAAGUUAUUUGUCAACCCUAGGAUCCAGGACAUGCAGGUAUGUCCAAAUGAUUCUCCCAUGAAGCUAAGAUCAUUCAUAUUCUGGAUAUAGGUGCAAAUAGAAAUGAAAUGCGAUGGAAAACUGAGCAAAAAUAAGCUAUUCUAGCCAUUUUUCAUAUAAAUAUGGGAUAACAUACAAAUGAAAAAACUCAAAAAAAGCAUUUUGCACUAUGAGAAAGUAAUAUUUUACACAAGCAGGCAAGUGGGGCUGACUCCAGAUGAGGUCAGGACUGUAUAAUGUGUCAGAUAUGGCGAUUUUCGACCUAACGUACCACACAUUUUGACUGAUUACUCAAAAAGUUAUGGAAUGCCCACCCUGAAACUUGCAGGGAUGCUAGUGGACAUGAUAGUCUUUCUUGAGUGUGAAUAUGAACAAAAUUGAAGGACGCGCGUUUUUUUGCUAUUUCCAAUUUAAGUUUUUGGUCUUUUAUAAUUUUUUUUCUGGUCCAAUUUGGGAAAAAAUGCUGUGAACAAAAAGAUAGAUCUUGAAGAGGGCUUUAAAAUGACACCUGGAUCAGCUCUCUAGGUGCCAUACUUCCAGAGAUAUGAACACUUUUGUAACGCAUGUCAUGCUAAUUAGCCAAAAAUUCGUUAGCCCCUAUCUCACUAAUUAGAUGGCUUUGAACAAAAAUAUUUGAGAUCUGUCAGUUUCCCCUGAAGGCCAAUCACUCCACCAAAUUUCAUCAAAAUCUGUGACAUGAGUGGAGAUUCUUGGUUGAAUUGACAUGGAAUGACCCAAAUGUCAUGUGAGACCAGGGAUCCUGAGAGAAGGCUGCAAACUCAGUGGGGAGCUGUUAGGAGGUCACACUGUGGCAGUGAGGGGAGAGUGCAUUAGCUUCACAAGUUCAUGCCACAUAGCUCCUACCACGGUCCCCGGUAAUUGGGAUUCAGGGAGGCGGGUUGAUCAUUAUGAGCUCCAUUUGUGCCAUUUGUCUUAUAACUGAACGUAGGAGAAGGAAAAGGAGUAGUUCUUUUUUUUUAUUAGCAGGCUGUGCCGUGUUGAUUUCUUAAUCUUCCUUCCAGUCCGUUCCUCACUCUGCAGGAAAUCCAAGCUUGCAGUUGCGUUAUUAAAUGUCUUUUUUAAAAUUGUUGUAAUUAUGUCAUUAUCAUGAGUGUUUCGAUGAUGUUGCUGCUUCAUUAGAAUCAUUACACGUGAUUUCGUGUGGUCAGUGUGUCACUGUUGGAUGUUUUUCCCAUCACACAUGCAGGGUAAUUUUGUCCUGACUCUGGAGCCAGCAGUGAUGAAGAGAGCAAAUAAAACGCAGCCAUUAAGCUUUUAUUCUGCCUUGUUAUUAUCUUGUUGAGUAAAGGCUAAUCAGAAUCAGCAGCCCCAGUAAUUUUUUAAAGGGAAAUGAAAGGGAAACAGAGAGGUUCAUACAAUAGUAUAAAUUUGGGUUGAUUACAAGAAUACCUGUGUUAACUGGAGUUUAAAAGAGGUGAUUGGAGCUUCAAAGCUGCCACACAGUGUGUUGUAGGUUUGAACAAAUAAGAGCUCAUUUUAAAGGUUGUAGUCAGCCAAGGAAAACUUGGUCGACCAAAAGUACGCCCACUCACCACCCAAUCGAUUAGUCGAUGGGAAGAACAACAGCAUGUUUUCUCUUGACCAUCUUUCUGUUGCAGUGCAGUCAUUUCAGUCUGGCUGAAGCUCUUAAAAGUAUGAAAUAAACAUAAACUUCUGUCAGUGUGACAAUUCUUUAAUCUCAUUACACUAUAUUAAAAAAACAGCUUGUAUUUAUAUGAUCUUGUAAAUCUGUAACUAUACUGACAGAUAAACACAGCACUGUGGUGAUAUAGACUUAAUGACAAAAUAACUCAGAUGAUUAUUUUGUCUUCUUUUAUAACAUUUAUUAACAGGACUCACUUGUUCCAGCUUCACUGGGCAAUUAAUGAACAUUAAGCUAACAGCUAAAUUGUGCUCAAAGACACCAGUGCACGGUAUGAUACAUUCAAGAAUAGAAAUGUGGCUUACAGUUUCUGUUUUAAACAUAAUAACCUCCAAACUGGUAAAAAAAAGACUCAAAAGACGCUGGGAUUCAUUUAGUAGAACAAAAUGACAGCACUGAAGGUUAUUAACAUAUAUAUUUAAAUACCUUUUAUACAAUUUAGUGCAUUUUUUAAACACUUUUUAGCCCUCCCCAGCAAAUGAUGAUCAAGCUUUUCUUUUCACAUUGUAGGGGUGUCCGGAUACAACUUUUUUACUUCCAAUACAAUACUGAUAUUGUAACCUUCAGUAUUGGCCGAUACAGAUAUUGGCACAAACUUGUGCGUGAUCCUUCGUUUUGCGCUCAGCUGCAAUGUCUUUUUCGGACCUGAAGGAAAAAUACUGACACAAGGCCAACAUCACUCCCACUCCUUGCUACUUCGUCAGUACCUUAGUACACACUGUUGUUGUGAUUUCGUGGGCUCUGCAUGCUGGAUCCGGGCACUGCUAGGUAGAGGUGCUGGAGUGGAGUCUUGAAUGGACUGCUUGUAUCGGAGUGCUGAUAUUGGAGAUUUUAGAUGCAGGCCGAUAUAAUUUGAUAUGUUUUUAUGCUGAUAUUGGAUCGAUAUACAAUGUCAAUAUAGGAUUGGGACAUCCCUAUAUGUAAGUGACAAUCAUCUGACCAAUGAGUUUUUGGUUGGAUUAGAGCUCAUCAACCAAUUUAUCGACCAACUCUUUGGAGGGUGUUAGUCUGACGUGUUCAAGAUUUUAGAUUUUUUAUUUAAUUUCUUUUAUUGUUUGAUUUUAAAACUGUUUUAUUUAAUUCACUUUUAACACUUUAUUACCUUGGUUUGAAGGUUUUAUCGCUUUAGUCGUAGGUCCAGUGUUUCCGUAUUUUUAACUCAAGAUAGCGUUCCCUCAGUCACCUGUGGCAGGUUGAAGAGUCCUCACCUGGUCUUUUGUGCGUGCAUCUGUGUGUGAGUGUGUGAGUGCUGUAUGUGUUGAAUAGGGGUCAUUAGGGUGGGUGGGGUUCUGUAUUUGUAUUUGUAUUUAUUUUAUUUUAAUGUCCUGGACAGCACUUUGUGCUACAUUCUGUGUAUGAAAAGUACUUUAUAAAUACAGUUUGAUUGAAUGAUUGAUUGAGAUAACAGCCCUCUGCAGUCAGCCUUUCGUUUACAACAACAACUCUACUCUUCCCUUGCUGUGGUUUAGUAAAUCAGUGAAACAGGAACAAGAGGAUGACGACUUUACCUCGAAGAAGAAAGGGUUAAAAAGAAAAAGAGUCAAGGAUGAGCCAAUGGACGGAUCCUCACACUCCACUUUAGCACCUAGGUAAGUCUGACCAGGUCUAGGAGCCGUGGUUUGACCCCAAAUGAAAGCUUUACUGACUAAUUGAAUGUAGUUAACUAAGUUGUUUCAGAAUAUAUGAACAUUUUUAAUUAAGGUAGGGGAUUACAUAAUAACAUUUUACCAUCACGGGUGAGCUUGUAUUCUGCUCGUCUUUGCUGCUCGAAAGAGUAAACGCCAUGAUCAGGAGGAAGACGCAGACGGAGAGGCUCCGAAAAAGAAGUCAAAGGAAAAAAACAGAAAAGGUGCACAACCAUCUGCCUUCUUCAUUUCAGCUGUUUCCAAGUUCAGCUUUUCAAUAUAAAACUCAGUGAUUAUGUUAAUUUAUUUUGGUCCAGGCAGUAAAGAAGGAGGAAGGAGAGCAGCCAGUCUCCAAAAAACCCAAGAAGACAAAGGAGGAGAUCGAGGAGGCGAAGCAGUUGAAGAUGAAACUGAAGCAGGAGGAGGAGCAGAAUCGCUGGAGAUGGUCUGAAAAUGCUGCUCUUUCUAUUACACAUUGACCCGGACCUCACCUCACAACCACAUCCACACAUACAACCAAACACAUCAUCUGUAUGUGAGAACCAUGGAGCAGCAAUCUUCACCCUCCUGAUGUUAUCAUCAUCUUUCUCUUUGUCAGGUGGGAAGAGGAGAAGUAUGAAUUCGGGGUGAAGUGGAAGUCUCUGGAGCACAAAGGGCCGUUCUUUCCUCCUGAGUUUCAGGCCCUGCCAGAUGACGUUCACUUCUAUUAUGACGGUCAGUGAAGUGAGGAAGUUUGACUAAAACAGGGUUGAAAUGAGAUCGCCAUGCAUUAGUAUCAUCUCCAGAUCCAGAAUUUAUACCUGGAAACAAGACAGUGUGGUAACAUUCUCCUCUGUGCAGACCUCUCCUAUUAUCAUUGAUGAAGACAGUUUAAGAAGUCCCGCCUCCCCUUUAUCCUGAUUGGUAGGUGAUCAAGAAGUGACAUUGAUGGUGUUCCAAAGACCAGCACUAAAAAAAAAAAGUCAACCAACAAUGAAAUAAAUAAAAAGCAAAAGCACACUACAUCAAAGAAGUAUUUAACAUUUUGCUCACAUGCAGUUUUAGGACCAAAGCUAAAGAAAAUCUACGAGUAAAACAAAAUUUUAAACCAAAAACGGAGGCUUUUAGUGCAAAUCCAGGGUUAAAUUCUGUCUUAGGCAAAGCUUGACAGUAUCAUGUUUAAAAGCAAACUAUUGAUAUUAAGUUCAAGACCAAACCGUCACUUAAAUUUUGGCAGAUCUUUUGCAAAAAGCUCAUUAAAAGAAUAGGACAGGUAAGUGAUGCCGGGUCAUCCGAAUGAAAUCUGCGUGAGAUGAUCAGUAGGAUGCUCAGAUAGGGCUGGGUGAUAAACCGAAAAUUUACCGAUACCGAAAUUUAUGUCAGUAACCAACGUCAUUUUGCCCAUAUCAGUAUAUUCGGUGUCAGAAAAAUAAAUAAAAGUUUGUUUCGGAUGUGUGUAGGUAGGCUAUGGUCUCGUGUCCUUUUGAGACGCUGUCCUACGGUGGAGACGUGACUCCACCCCAUCCAGUCCUUAACAAAGCGGGAAAGACAGGUGAGGAGAUGGAGGACGGUUCAAAAGUUGGAGUGGCUGGAGCGACGGCUGAAGUAGACGAAGUUAAUGUGGGAAGGGGUGAACAGCUUGUGGAGUAGUUAUCAUCCAUUUAUUGUUAUUGAGGUGAACUCCUCAAUAUACUGUGAUAUUGAUUUGAGGCCAUGUCACCCAGCCCUAUGCUCAGAUUUACUCUUUUGGGAAGGAAGAUAAGGUCAAAGAGGAAAAAAAAAACAAAUCAGUGAAAGAAAAAUCAGGAAGAAAGAAACAUGAAGAAAGAAGUAGGUGUUUUCAGCAGUUUGAAAGAAAAAUGUCUCAUAUGAUUUACAAACUGAAAUAUCAAAUAAUGUAACUAUAAUACACUCUUAAGCUGGUGAUUCUUAUAUGAGGCAGGGUUUCUCUUGCCAACACUGUCAAGAAAAAAACAGCUUGAAACAGGCUGGAACAGAGCUCAGCCGUCACUGUGCCUUAGUAUUAACACGACAACCUGAACAGUGCAAUAUUGGUGUCCCAGUGUGUCAUUACACAUUAAAUUCAGCGUUACGGUGCUGUGGCGUGGAGACACACAGAGACACUCAAACAUAACAUAUUAUAUUCCAUAUAAGUGCAGUGUUGACGGGGGUAUGGUUUGUAUGCGCGGCAGGCUGCUGAGCCUAAGCUGCAGUAGGAGAAACAGUGGGAUGUCUGGAAUAAACUCCAUCAGACAUUGUACAAGAAUAAGAGUUCUUCACUUUUCCUUCAGCCGUAAACCAGCCCUGCUCUUUAAAGUGUCUGAGAUGAUAUAUAUUAUGAAUCGGUGCUGUACUGACACAAUUUGUUGUAUUGGUCAGAUUUGGAGGAGUGGAUAAAGUUGCAUUCAAAAGAAAGAACCAGAGGCCAACACAAAUGUCUGUUUUUCUCUCAUUUCACAGUGUGGCUCAAAUGUUGUCCCACAGGGAUCUGGUCUGAUCUGUUAAUUCCCGUACUUGCAUAAACUUGUUCGUUGCUCUCAGGGUCAGAACUGAAUCAAGAUCUCUGUCCUUUUCUUUGAUCGUGGUUCUGAAAUUUAACAUAUCAGUUCAUACAUCCAUGAAGGGGCUGAGGUGGGAGUCAUGACAUUGAUUCUAAGAAGUGUGCUUGUGUGUUUUCAGGUAAAAAAGUGAAGCUGAGUCUUGCAGCCCAAGAGGUGGCGCUGUUCUUUGCCCAGAUGUUGGAUCAUGAAUACACCACUAAGGCUGUGUUCAGGGAGAACUUCUUUCAAGACUGGAGAAAGGUAAAACUCAGGAAACAUCAAACGUCUUGGUGAGCGGUUCUACUAUGGCAAAAGCGAUUGUGACCAUCAUUUUCAUUGACAUUGAAUUCUUGGUGAGAGAAAAUAGUCAUAGAUUUCACAACAUCUAUAUCAUUCCAUGCACUUAUAAAGCGUCAUAUUGUACGAAACCUGAUAUACAAUAGUACUCACAGUGACAGUCAAAGCAUCUAUACCUCACUUUACUUCAGGAAAACUGAUUGAAAUCUGACUGAAAUACUAAACUGAAAACAGCUUGAAUGUAGAGUAUUUUUACACAAUGGGUUUCAAACUUUUUUAAAACUUGAAUUGAACCACCAGCUGCAGAUCUAAACUAUAAUUUAGCAUGUCUUUUAGCUUGCCUUCUCUCAUCUGUGGUUACAUGAUAGUUUGCACUGAAUGAGUUGAAUCUACAUAAGUCUCCACUAAGUAUAUUUUGCAGCAUCUGUAACCUCUUUGCACCUUAGUUGUGCAUUGAUCCAAGAACUGAUGAUGAUAAUAAUGUUCAAGAUAAAAGAGAAACUUCAGUGUUAAUGUAAGCUUUAUUUAUAUAGCACAUUUAAAACAGCUAGUGGCUUACCAAAGUGCUUUACAGUAAAAUAGGCAGAAACAAUUAAAAUAAUAAAAGCUAUAAAAACAAUAAAAGCAUAAUACAUACAGAAACAUAAAAUAACAGCACAGAUAAACACAACAAAUAAAAGACCCAAUAAAAGUAACUAUAACAGGUACGUCUUUAGGAGUGUUUUAAAGUGGAAAAGGUAUUCGCAGUGCGCACUGUCAAGGGGAAAGCAUUCCACAGAGUGGGAGCCACAACAGAAAAUGCUUGAUUUCCCCUAGAUUUUAAAAAGGAUCAAGAAACGUUGAAAACCACCUGAUUAGCUGACCUCAGGGCUCUGGGGAGCAGGCAGAGAGGGGCUGUUUGACAUGAGUUAGCCAGUCUCAUGUCAAUGUAAACUGCUUUCACAAACAGACUAUUGGUUGUUUUUAAACCAUGUGUGUCCUGCCUGGCCUGUUGGCAUGUCGACCCACUAGGGGAAGUGGUGUGCCACAUUGCUAGUCCAGCCUCCUCCAUGGCUUUCUCGUCCAGCCCAAACAUCUUGUCAGUUUUGAUUAACAUCAAGAUUAAUUCUCUCCAAACUACAAGAUCAAGAAAGUGCAGUGGUCUGUAUCAGACAUCCCUUCCAAGUUGAAUCAAGUCUUCCUUCCAGCCCCAGAUUUCAGGACCUGUGUGAUGUGCGUUUGAAAACCUGCUCAUUGGUGUCUGCCAUGGUGCCUCUGCGCAGGGAAAACACCGUGCCAACCCCCAAGGCAUAUCAUGCAGAAUUAAUUUUGCGCUGCUUAGUGCUCAAUGCUCUUGAAAAUACGAUUUGUGUGAAGGCAUUGAUAUGCUAAUCCAUACAAGUAGCUCCCCUGCAUACGAACAAAUCCAAUUAAAGUGUUUUAUUAUAACCGGAAAAAACUCUCCUCGCUUCACUGCCCUCAGUGCCCGCCCACUGUCGGCUGUCAGUCAUGCUUAGACACGCAGACUGAAUCUGUGUCCAUACUGUCAGGGAGUUUCAGGAGAAAGGUAAGCGUUACUGUAUGUGUGCUGAGGUAGAGAUAAGUUCCUGCAUCUGAGGUCCUCUGACCCAGAAUGAGAGGACUAGAAAGACUAGCACCAGCCUAAAAGCUUGGUGGAAAAGUUACUGCAUUUCCUCCGUCAUAAAAGUCAUCAAGCAAAAUAAGUGAAGAAAACAUCCGCAUGUCAAGCUCGUUCAAAGACCCGUUCAUCACUCAGGGAUGAGUUCAACACAAACAUUAAAACUGGCUCUUUACUCUCCGAAAUGCUGGACUGUUAGUUCUACUGCUGCACUCUUGCCCGGCAGCAGGAAGCCACAUUAAAAGCCACUCAGGUUGUUGUGACAUUUCAUGGCCAGAAACGUCUGAGAUGAACCGUAAAGCUAACACUGAACUCUCUGUGUUGUUGCCCUGUUAGUGGCCCUUAUGAUGGGAUGACCCCUGUGCAAUAACCCUAGAGAGCUGGUGAUUACAGCCGAAACUGCUGCCGCUGCUGUUUUCAGUGUACAGCUGUUUUUUUUCAAGCUUCCUUUUGUUCAGAAAAUAGUCUGCACCCUGACCAGCUUGCCACUUAACUCAUUCUCUGUCUACUCAGCUUCAUUUCAUAUGAAUAAUUCAACCAAAUGUCCCCAAUCUGCUGUGAUCAUGCACACCUUGCUCUGUCGGAAUGUCCUUUCAACAGGCAAAGGUUCAGCACUGAGCAUUAACAGCUCUGAGAAAACUGAAAAAGCAGCUCCGAGUGUGGCUCUUUUGUGUAUUUGUUUCUUCAGUUCAAGAUUUUCUCACUCGUCGUGUCAAGUAUUUGGAUGUUGCAUUCUUUCUGUGAUCUCUGAAGGGUGUUGAGUCCUUGAGUUAAAACUGAGUUUGCUGUCAUCGGUAUUUCAGCUCCAACAAGCUUUUGAGAACAUCUGGCUCUGAACAGCCGCUGAUCUGUGAGGGAAAAGAGAGCAUGUUCAUAGCUAUCAUUCCAUCUGUUCAUUCAAAGUGACAAAGACAACCACGUGACAAAUCUGGCAUUCCAAAAAAAUUUCUAGCUGCAGUGAACAAGGUUUUUUUUUAAUUUAUGGAUAAUAUGUUUGAUGGAAGAUGGAUGAAAGUGAAUUUAAUCUUUGAAAUGCCAAAAAAAAUAGUAAAAAAACAAAACAAAACAUUAAUUUAUGAUCAUUUCUUCCUGGAAAUACAAUCAGACCGAGACACUAAGGCAGAAGAACUACUGCAAAAUGAUUCUUAUGAUGAUUAUUACUUAAAAGAAAUGAUAUAAUAAUGAUCAUAAAUGUUCUUCCUUGAGCUGCGUCACCUUGCAGUCUGUGAUGGACUCGCCUACAAACAAGUGGCUGCUGGAAGAGAGUGGAUGAGUUGUGUUUAGCCUCUUUGCUAAAGAAAUCAGGUAAAGCUAAAAGAUGUCUGUGUAUUGCUAUCGUGUGGUCAUUACCAAAGUUGGUAUAACUAGAGAAGCAAGCGGUCGACAACAUUCAUCUCUUGAGGGGGUGUCUAACUCAGUGUUACAGUGUGUUUGACCCUAACUUAAUUUUACGCUGGAAUAUCCCUUUAAAUGCAGAUACAGGAAAACGUCAAUUUACUACUUUUUAUUUAGGAAAUGACCCACGAGGAGAGGAAAUUGAUCCAGGAUCUCAACAAAUGCAACUUUGGAGAGAUGCAUGCCAUGCACGUCGCAAAGGUAGAGGCUAGGAGAAACCUGACCAAGGAGGAGAAACAGGUAAUAACUUUUCAUUUAACAUGCAGGUGUACAUUUUUAUAACAUUAUAGCCUCAUGUCGUCUCGAGAGAGUCUGAGCGGUAGGAUCUUGGCAACUUUCCUUUAUUUUUAACGCAGGCUGUAAAAGAAGAAAACCAGAAGAUAGUUGAUGAAUUUGGCUACUGUCUGCUCGACCACCACAAAGAGCGCAUCGGCAACUUCAAGAUUGAGCCUCCGGGGUUGUUCAGAGGCAGAGGCGAUCAUCCCAAACAGGGCAUGCUGAAGAAAAGGAUCCAACCAGAGGAUGUGAUCAUCAACUGCAGCAGGUUAGAUCAAGACUAAGGGUUCAAAGAACACACUAAGAUGUGCUGCAUUGUAGGGAUGCUCAAGUCUGGCACAUCUGACCAAGAAAAAAUUGCCAUCCAAGUUUUUUUUUGUUGUUGUUUUUUUUCCCCGAAAUGUUAGUUUGAAGUGUUUGAGAAAGUUUAUCUAAGGUGAAAGGCUCUGACAUUAAACUCCUGCAAAAGGUGCAGAGAUGAGGUUUGGACCAAAAUCUGUGUUACCUUCAAGUAACUGUCGAAAUAAGCUCUGCUCUAGCAAAAUUGAUUUUUCUCUCUCCAAGUUUCCUGGCAUGCUGUAAAUACAUUUGUGGUUUUGAAUUGUGCAGCUCAUAUGAAAAGACUGAGAUUUGAACUGAAGGACCCCUUUUUUUUUUGUGCUGCUUUAGUCUUGAAUCUCUGUUGGGUGGCCAGGCUCCCUAUCCAGAUACUGCAGCUUCUCACACACUCUUUCUCUCCCUCCCUCUCCCUCUCUCUUUGUGGUUGUCAGUGACUCCAGUAUCCCAGUGCCCCCUGCUGGUCACCAGUGGAAGGAGGUUCGACAUGACAACACUGUGACAUGGCUGGCCAGCUGGACAGAGAACAUCCAGGGGUCUAUUAAAUACAUCAUGCUCAAUGCCAACUCUAAGCUAAAGGUAUCCUUGUCAGUCUGCUGCCAACAGGCACAGAAACUCCACACAAGCAUCAAACAUAAAAGACACUUACACCAUAACCAGUGUGGAGAUGAAUCACACCUUUAUUUUCACUGUGGGCUUAUAGAAAUGAAACAUGAGUUGUAGUAAGAACUUUGAGGGCGUUUUUCAAGUCAGAGGAUCAAAAUUAAGAUUGUGUUUGAAACUAAAGAUGAAGAUUUGAGAUACUUUUUACUUAGUUUUUUUCAUCUCUUUGAAAAAAGCUUCAUGGUGCCUUCUUCACAUAUUUCAAUAACACAAGUUCUCAACCUCUGUUAGAUCAAGAUGCUAACAGACGUAGCUGAAAACAGUAAGGAAUAGAGUUGGGUCUCUAUAACUCGGUCUCUGUCAAAAAGGGAAAGGAAGUCUAAGACAUUUUUUCUCAACAAUCUGGAAAUGGGAUUGUCUUUUUUUAUUUUGGUUUCAUAAAUAAUGUCAGUACUCACUGCCAUUUAUCUGCAAAGUGAGUGAAACCCUCACGACUAAAUCCAGCUGUGACUCAGUGCUGCAGCGCCAGGGGAAAUGAAAGAUAGAGACACAAUGAACAGAGCUGCACAAAAGUAGGACAAGUGAAGCAGCAACUGAGGAGGAGUUAUGAUGCCUUCUUUUUAAUUUUUUUUCAAGAAAGCUAAAAGAUUAGAUAACUCUAAUACACCCAAGAAAAACAGAGUCCCAGAGUGUAACAACAGGAGGUGGGGAGCCUAAAAAGAUGAACUUCAAAUGUAUGUGUGUGUGUGUGUGUGUGUGAGUAUAUAAGUAAUAUGUGGCCACAUUUUAUUUCACUUCAAUCUGACAUUUGGGUUUAAAAAGAAAUACAAUGUGCUUGUUUCAUCAUCAUCGCCUAUUAUAACAGUGAGAAAGUAUCUGGUCUCAAGAGUCUUUUUAAAAGAAAUAGACCAGAACAAAAAGGUUGAAAUGUGAGUCCAAAGUGUGAGUGUGUGUGUGUGAGUGUAUGGUAAGUGUGUGUGUCGUCUCAUUAUUCAGUCUUCUCUCGUUUCUACUUUGCUCCUCUGUUUGCUCACUCUUCCUCCUUUCCAUCUUUCACAUGCAAAGGUUAAGUAAUUCCACUGUUUGUCUCUAUGACAGUAUGCCAAUGUGUGUGCGCGCAUGUGUGUAAACUGAUUGUGGAUUAAAUUGCGUCUUGGCCUUAAUAAAUAAGCAGCAGCACCCAGCAGGGAAUCAGAGCUUUGUCAUGAAAGUUGUUUAGUUGUAAGUCUUCCCAUUUCCUUUCUUUUGUGUGAUUUAACAGCCUGUAUUCAUGGCAUGAUUACCAUAUUGAAUGUUUUGAUCAGAGGCUUUUCAGAGAAAAUGACUUGGAUAUGAAGUUUUGGGGGGACUGUUUUUGUGGCUCUGGGUAUCAUUUCUUUCUCCAUUUCCUCCUCUUAGCUUUGCACACUUAUCUUUUUUUCAAAGUUUCCCUCUCCUAAUCUCUGUUACUUUCUCUUUUUACACACCCCUCUUUAUCUGUCCUCCUCUCCUUUUAUCCCUUGAAUACAGGGCGAGAAAGACUGGGAGAAAUUCGAGGUUGCUCGAAAACUGAAGUCAUGUGUCGACGACAUCCGUAACCAGUACCACCAGGAUCUCAAAUCCAAGGAGAUGGUCAAUCGGCAAAGAGCUGUGGCCCUUUAUUUCAUAGAUAAGGUCAGGUUUUCAUGUUGGUCCAAGAAAAACCUUUGUAAUCAAGAUGCAGAUUGUAGGAGAGGAAGGUUGAACCUGUUUUUACACCUGUGUGAGAAAUAAACCGGCUUCAGUUUCACAGACUUUCUUUAGGGCUCACCUAGAGCCAUGUGAAAACAUCGGAAAUCAAUGCAAUGUGUCUCGGUUGCCUUUUCUGCUUUCUCGCUUAGUUGGAUGGCAGGCCUUUUGUGAGGAGUAAAAUUGAUCACAUUUAGCCGUUUUCUGCCAGCGACCCCGAGCUAAUUAUGUCAUUCUGUCACUCUGCAUGGAGGAAAUUGACAAAUUGAGUUUGUGAUUGCUUUGCCCAUGCUGAAGACUUUUUAAACCUAAACUUGGCUUUUAUGUGUUUUUUUGUUUCAUGCAGCUCUUUUUAUUUCUCUUACUGGAGUGUCAUAAAUUUAACAGUUGUCUAACGAUGAUCUCCGUGUCUUCUGACCAAAUUAAAGCUGGCACUGAGAGCUGGUAACGAGAAGGAGGAGGGAGAAACGGCGGACACGGUGGGCUGCUGCUCUCUUCGUGUCGAGCACAUAACCCUCCACGAGGAACUGGAGGGCAACCAGUGUGUGGUGGAAUUCGACUUCCUGGGUAAAGACUCCAUUCGCUACUACAACAAGGUCCCCGUCAUCCGGAGGGUAAGAGACCCCAACAAAGAGCACAAAAAGACACCUCUGCAUAUGCCAUCACGGUUUGAUUAAAAACAUGAUUCUGCUAACAUUAAAACACAGAAACCAAACAUCCUUUUUCUCCAACCUGGUGAAGAGGAGACUAACAGGGCCUGUUUAUACGACACCGAAUCAUAAUAUGUCAUUACAAUAAUCUCAAAUUUGCCCUUUGGGUUUUGGCAGAAGUCUCUGCAGAGAAGGUCACCUGCAUACAUAUCAACACGAACAGAGCCUGAGGCAGAGAGGGAACUGAGAGAUGUCCUCGGGGCACAGUUGUAGAUUGGUUCCCUGUGGCUGUGCUGGUUUAAUUCGUCUGUCUGUUAGAUCUGGUGAACUGCUGCUCUGCUCCUUUCUGCUCCUCUGGUGGAUUAUAUGUUCAUGUUAGCGGAUUCAUGAUGAUGUAGGAGUUCUCCUUUUUACAUCAGCUUGAAUGUUAAACUUGACGUGCCGCAAAUUCAUUGUAUUCAAAGUUAACUUUGACAAAGAUUCAUAGUCACAAUUCCAGUUUAAAGUUGGCUAAAUCUGACAAUGUCGUAUGUCCUUUUUAUCUCUUAGGUCUCCCUUCCACUUGAAAUGUGAAGGUUUUUCUUAGAUGGUCAGAUUUGGUGAAUCUAUGUGAACAUUUAAACUAAGACAAUGUGAACAAUGUGAAUGACUUUCAGUGUUCCUGGAUAAGGUAUAAACUUAUUAAUCAGUCCUGCAAGAAGGGAAUACAUACUUUAUUUAUUCAAAUAAGGACAAAGUUAGUCAGGUGUUUCAUAUGUAAAUAAUUCAGCUUUGCUUUAGAAACAGACGGUGUUGUCCUGGUAAGUGUUUGCUGUGGUAGAUCCACGUUGAGUGAGCGGCCCAGAUCCAAUUCUUAUCCAGGGAGUUCAUCUGUAGUUAACAGAAAAUACACUGAAAGACCCCCAACAUAAUAAUAGCGAAAAAGUUUAUUCAUAUUCUCUUUUGAGCUACAUAUAAUUUACAUUUAUUGUGAAGCUUUACAUCAAGGACUUAAAUCGUGGAGCAGACAAAUGAGUCAAAUCAAAGCUGCAUUGUUAGUCAUAUAAGGGGUCGAAUCUUCAUUUGACUUCUUGACAUCGACUAUCAGCUACUCCGCUGCAGCUUUUUCACAUGCUGGUCUACUCUUUCAUUUACGCACCAUUUUAACCGUAUAUGGUUGACAUCUAAACUAAUGAGUGAUCUGCACUUGCUCGUUACCCCACAUGAGACAGAAAUGUCUGUUUUUCUGUCUGAAAAAUGCAACGACUACAGAGUGACAUCUUACUGUAAAUAUGAACCUUUAAAACUGCUGUUUUGAUUAAGUUGAUGUUGAUGUUAGUGUUUGCCCUCUUGGUUUUCUUACAUCUUAAGUAACAAGCUUCCCUACAGAAGGCUUACCUGUCAUGACAACAAGAUCGUGCAAGUGAAACUGCUCUCAAUCAUAUUCAGGGUACUCAAGGGGUCUUAAAAAGUCAAAAACCAAUUAUUUGAAUGUGAGGCCUUAAAAUGUCAAAAAUUCUCUUAAAAUCUUAUGUAAAUAGGAUUUUGAAAGGUCUUAAAAAUGCAUUAACUCUACUUAGAAAUAAAUGACAUGCCAUAGAAAUAAAGAUUGAUUUGAAGUCAUGUAAAAUAUUCCUGUUUCCCUUCACGUCCUUCAUACUUUUUUCAUACUUAAAUGUUUAUGGAUGUAAAGUGUGUCUUAAAUUCUAUUCAUGGUCUUUAUAGUCUUAAAAAGUCUGACAAAGUCCGACAUUAGACUUUUUUAAACCUGAAGAGACCCUGACAUUCCUCUCUAGCGUUUUUGUAGACGUGAAUCUGUCUGCUUUUCCUCUUCAGCUUGAGAAAGCACAAGUCCCUUUUACACCUCUGAAUAGUUUUUCUCCCCAGAAGCUCUCAAAAAGCCAAGAUGCUUUAUAAUAACUUUUUCUUUAGAAAGUUUAGUCUGAACUUUUAGGUAAAAUUCUUUUGAAAACUUGUGACUCAUAGAAAAUUUCUAAACAUUUUGUGAUGGGAAGCAGCUCUUUAGAUGGAGAAGCUCUGUGAAUACAGCCCAUACAAGUCUUGACUAAAAGUUGAAGAGAAGUUAGAAGAGGAUUGUCUGAAUAUUUAUGAAAACAGGCUUUGGAGUUAACUUUGAAGGUUGCCGCUGUUCAGUGUCCCAGCAUCAGAUUUAAUCAGAUAUCGGAAUAGUGAGAAUUCUGAAGUCCCUGCAGCUCAAACUAGAAUACUACCACUGGAGUGUCGCCAACUCUGUUACUACUUUAAAAAAACAUGUGUUGGAGAAAAAUUAUUUAAAUAUGUUUACUUACAUGAAAACUACUUUAGAUUGGUACAAGUCUGAUCCUCAGCUGACACUCCUGUAUAAAGGUUUUAUACCGUUAUCUGUCAUUACUGUUUAUACCAAAGUCAGUCUGACACAUUGCCAACACCAUUAUUUAAAAGAAGAGAAAGUAAUUAGUCAUUGCAGAAGCUCCUGUCAUUUGUGAAUUAAUCUGAUACCACAAGUGCUGAUGUUUACUGCAGGGAGCAGGUCAGAAAAUGCCAAAAUACAACAACAAAAAAAUGUGGCUGCGUUCUUUUUUUGUUUUUUAUUUUUCCAAACCUUGUUGCUUUGUCUGCAGUCUGUCAAACAGCUGUCACAUUUGUGUGAGUGUGCAUGUAUGCAUAUGUAAAUUUCCAACCCCUCCUCUGGUGGCAGCCCAUGCUAUCUUCUUUUCCAGAGAUGGAGAAAGAAAUGUUAGCACCUGACAGCUAAAGUGUUUUGUUUCUUGGCAGAACAUAUAAUUAUUCAAAUGAGUGCAUUCAAAAGCAACACAUUAGCUAAAAUUAAUUAGUCGCUUGCAUAUUUUAGCAUCAUUAUUCCCGGGGAAACCAGCGAGCUUGCUGCUAAAUGUCAAUUGGAAUAAAAUGGAAUGAAGGAUGGAAGGAACGAAUUCUCCUUCUAAACUCUGAUGUGGAUUCAAUGUAUUGAAUCUUACACCAAGGCCUGUAUAUAUACACACACAGCAUUUCCUGUACUGAAUAGGCGAUAUAGUGCUACUGCAAAGAAAUCUCCAUAUAUAUGAUGGAGGAAAUCAUGACACGAAUAUAAAAAUGACACUGACAGCAGCCGUACAUUAUUUUCCACAAACAUGUUGUCUCUGGAUAACAAAGAUACAAAGUGAUAUUGUUAAUCAGCAGUAUGCAUCCAUGUAAACACACUUUUGUUUGACUUUUUUGACUCUAAACACUCAAGAGCUGACUGAAUAAUACCCCACUUGUGUAUAUUUUUAUUCUUGAAAGGCAGGUACCUACUUAUUAGUCAAUAGAACACCAGGUAGACUGUCGAAUGACUUAAUCAAAUAGACUAGGAGUGUGGGGACACCUGCAGAUUGCUAAACUCAACCUGUUAAACAUGUAUUUAUUUUCCAAAUAAUUAUGUCCCUUCCUGACACAAACACGCACCCACACACACACAUCUACAUACGACUCGUCACUAAACCAAUUAGGCGAGCUCACUUUAGGUGUCUGUGCUUCUCAGAGACUGUUAGACAGACGCUGAUUUACAUUUUUAUGCGCAAAAGCACUUGCACUUUACUUUAUCUCUUCAGUUCAUUUCCCUAGGGGAAACAAACUGCCACACAUACCAGCCAGUGAAUAUGUCAGUGUGUUUUAUUAAGCAACACAUCUGUCGCUAUUAAUUGGCGUCGUGCAUAUUUUACUGGUUUAUUUUGGGAACCGUGCAUCUGUAAAACCAAGGAAGUGGCUGGAAUUGUCAGCCUAAGUGUGCCAGUUUCACUCGUCCGGCUCUGCUCUGAGAUGGACAAAUGAAGUCAGGCUCAUAAAAAACACUCACUGUCCCCUCCAUGUGUGUGUGUCUGCAUUUUUAAGUUUUCGAAUAGCUGAAUAGAUUUGCUAUCGUGUGAAUUUAAUGUAUACAGACAGUACAAGUUUGGAGUUUUUCAGAGACCCAGAGGUGUCAACCAAAACCUUCGAGGCCCUUUUGGUUCAAGAGUCUUUGCAGGAGAAGAAGUGAAAUUUUCAUCAACUAAAACAAUAAUUACAAAGAUAUCUCUUCAUCAUCAUUACUAUCUAAGCCAUUAUCAGUACAACAUUUUUUUAGCACCAAACUAGCAAGUGCAGAGCAACUCACAAAAAGCUGAAUCUAAAACUGUCACAAAAAUAUCGUCGGGUUAUUCAGUCCACCACUGAGGACCACAGAGGAGUAGAGUUUAGCCCAGUGUGUAGGGCUUAUGGCAGAGCUGGGUCUCCAGGGACUGUAGCUUAAAAGUGGUAAGGAAUUCAUUCAAGGAUUCCAGGUAGCAGGGGCUAUCUUUUUGCUCUUAUGUAAGUAAGGGGGAGGGUUUUUGAUGUGAGUGGCAAAUGGGAGUGAAUUACAGAGUGACAUGUUUUGUUGGUUGACGGCUAAUCUGUAUAUCGUGCGUUCAUUUGAUUUUCAAAAUAAAAUGAAAAAAUGAAAAAAAACAAGAAAAACAUUGUUUUCUAAAUAUUUGUCUCCUAUAACAGCUCGUUUUCCGAUUGCUGUUCUCUAAAAUGAAAAUGAAAUAAAAUGGAUAACGGCUUGACACACCACCCUCAUUUGUGUGUCUUGAUACGUCUCGUUUUCUCCCGUGUUUUGGGCACAGAACCUUCUGACGGACGAUGGACAUUUCAGAACACCUUGGCGCUCCUGCCUCCUGCCGCCUGGUGGAAAUCUCUGCAUGAGUUUUGCCAUCCUAAAAAAAGUGCUAGAUGAGCUCUGAAUAAUUCUCAAGUCCAGCCAUAAUGCCAAAGCCCAUUUCUUGAUCACUUCUGGGUCACAAAACUUUCUCCAGACGAAAAAAUCUAAAUCAGAUAAAACUGUCGUUAUCCAUUUAUCCCAUUUUCAUUUAAGCUGAAGAAAAUUGAAAUCAGAAAACGAGCUGUUAUCUGUUUUUUCAUUUUUGUUUUAGAGACGAAUAUUUAGAAAACAACUGCUUUUCUCAUUUUUCAUCUUUGGUUUUAUGUUGAAAAUCAAACGAGUUAUACAUGAAUUGAAGGCUAUUGGUGCCGCUGCAUUAUGGAUUAUAUGCAACGUUUUGAAAGUGCACGCUGGGAGACCUGCCAGCAAGGAGUCGCAGUAGUUAAUGCUGCAUAUUAUGAGAACCUUAACCAGGAGCUGUGUUGAAUGCUCUAUCAGGAGGAGACUGAUCCUCCUGAGGUUUUACAGGGCAGAUCAGCACAACCUUAAAGGUUAGCUGGUCAUCAAUCAUGGCACCCAGAUUCCUGGGCAGGUUUGUUGGGCUUGAAUGUAAUUGAUCCAAGCUAGUUAUUGAACUAUCUAUCUAUGGCUGGGAUGACAAGAAAGUCAGUCUUUGACAGGUUGAGAUGAAGGUGCCUUUCUCUUCAUUUAAUUAGAAAUGUCAGCAAGGCAUGAUGGGAUUUGAGCUGAGACACUGUGUUGCAAAAUAAGAUGAGAUAAAUCCAACAGUGGGGAAAUUUGCUGUGGUGAGAAUGACAGGUGGAGCUGGGUAUCAUCUACUGAGCUGUAAAAUAAGAAGCUUUAUUGGCUUAUUAAAAGGAAGAAUAGGAAUAGAAGAAGAGGGGACUAAGCACUGGCCCCUGAGGUACCCCUGUUUUUUAAACCACGUGGUUUGUAUAUUCUUACUUGCUCUCUCUGUUGUUCUGAUAUCUUCCCCCUUUUUUGGUGACAUGUCUAAAAUGAUUUACCUUAAUUGUUAUUUUUAUUUGUCCCACCUUGACUAGUUUCUUUAUAUUUACACACUGUUAGAAAGGCAACAUCCAGUCAUUUUCUUGAAGCUCAUUUUAUGAAAAAAAACUUUGAACAUCCCUUUCUGUUUGUUGCCCAGUUUUUACAACUGAAGUACAUACAUGCCUCCUUUCGCACUCUUGUGCUGUAUGCAAUCUACAACUUUUAUCAUAAAUGCAACUCUCAAUUUUAGGUAUUAAUUCAAAAAAUAGCCUCAAAUUGUGUUAGAUUUACUUGAAAAUAUUCAUAAUAUGUUCUCUUUUUCAGGUUUUUAAGGAUCUUAAGCUGUUCAUGGAGAACAAGCAGGCUGGGGACGACCUCUUUGACCGCCUUAAUGUGAGUAUCUUACUAAGUUCAUUUUUUUUCUUCUGUAAUUCUGACAUGUCUCCAUUCUUGCAAGCUGCCAAGGAUGUUCAAAUUCAAACCUUUUCUAAGACAUGGCCAGAUGAAGCGUUGCAUUUCUUUGUUAAAAGCAAGAAUUUGUCCAAGGUUAUGUAAAAUGUGUGAGCAACUCCCCCGAGGUGUGCAAUAUAUGUAGAGAAGGCAGAGACAGAUUGUGAAAGGAAAAAGAAUUUCUUUUUAUUUUUUUUGUAGAGACAGAAGGCUGAAGCAAAGGAAAAAUCAGGGACCAUGUAAGGUAUAGUUGAUGAGACUGGAUGAGGAUGAGCUAUUGGUGUGGAGAGAUGAAAGGAGUAAAGAGAGGAAAUAGGAGGUGAGAAGAGGGGGAGGUAUAUUGGAAGCUGGGACACUGAAAGCGACGAGGGAGUUUCAAAAGAGAGAAAAGGAUAGACUGAGGCAGAUAAAAAUGAAACUGGGCCUCUGAAAAUUGAAAGUGAACAUAGUGGGUAGAUGAAUUUCCACGUGUAAAAAAUCUAGUGUCCUCUCUACCUCUCCGUCUAUCUGCAGACAGCAGGGCCACACAGAAUAGCACAUUUGUUCACACGUUUGUCCACUGCAGAGAGACAUGCAUGAGGCUUCUCUGAGUGAGCUCAGAUUUUAUGAAACAGGAUCAGCCUUAUUUGUUUAUCUGAGGCUUUACCCCAGGCUGGCAGAUUGUAGGGAAGCUCUGAUCUGACUUCUUUCACCCUGGUGCUCAGCCUUUUGAAAUUUGGACUGAAUAACUACAAGCCAACACCACCACGGUUACCAGUGUUUGAUAACUAAUUCACCGUGUUUGUCACACAGUAUGACAGAGACAUGGAUCAGUAUUUAUGAAAAAGAUGACAUCUGCCAUGACUUUGAUGUUCCUGAAUAAAUAAUAAUAAUACAACUGAAUAAAUUAAAUGUUGGUAUCAGAGUUGUAUGAGAAAGAGCAGCAGCAGCUUUCAAAAUAAACAUGCAUUACAAGUUCAUGAAUAAACAUUCAAAAUUGUGACAAAAUGAUGGUGAGCUAUUUGAAACUUUCCCAUAAUCAAAUUCAUAAAGGACUCAUACUGAAUUGACAUUUAGUACAAGUCUUCUGUUAAAGCAAAGUUUCAGUUUUCCUGUGACAUUAUGUAAGUGUACCACCACCCUUCAAUGCAGUAACUUUGCUGGUGUUUCAAAUGGCCAUUGACUUGUUAGUGUAGCACAGCCAUAAUUCAUCCAUGUUAGCAGCAAAAGAAAAAAAGGGAAAGGGGCUGCUGUUCUCCAACUGUGAUGAAGAACUUAUCAUUUUUGAGAAUUUUUUUUUCUGGACAGUCUUCAAAUAAUGAGCUUGUGCAUUUAAAAAAGUAAGAGUGAGUGGGAAGAUUCUACUGUAAAUAGUGGAUGACAAGAGACAUGAGAUGACAGACAAUUGAAUUUCCCUUUGGGAUCUAGAAAGUUCUUCUUGUUCUUCAACUUUUACUUCUUCUACUUCUAUUUCUUUAACUUCUUCUUCUACUUGUACUUCUACUACUUAUAUUUCUUCUUCUACUUGUACUACUACUUCUUCUACUUCUAUUUCUUCUUGUACUUGUACUUCUACUACUACUUCUUCUACUUCUAUUUCUUCUUCUACUUGUACUUCUACUACUACUUCUUCUACUUCUAUUUCUUCUUCUACUUGUACUUCUACUACUACUUUUUCUACUUCUUUCUUCUUCUUUUACUGCUACUUCUUUUUCUUCUUUUACUUUUACUUCUUCUACUUCUACUCUUACUUCUCCUACUUCUUCUUCUACUUCUAUUUUUACUUCUUUUCGACAUCUACUUCUUCUACUUCUACUUCUUCCUUUAAUUCUACUUUUUCUUCUUCUUCUUACCUGUAUUUUUGCUUGUUGCUUGUUGAUCAGCUCUUACUCUGAUUCUGUUUAAGCCCACAAUUUUUAUUACUGAUUAAUUCUUGAUUCUGAUUGAAUUAAUGUUGAGGAGUAAAAAUAUGUAGAGUAUUUCAAGUGUAAAUAUUACCCGUCCUUAUCCAUGGGAGAUGUAGGCUUUUGUUGUUGAACUUCCAGCUGUUUCAAGGUUUUUUAUGAAAUAAAUGUAACUCUUCCUUUAAAGGACAGGUCAACGAGACACAUUAUAAACCAGAAAUCUUUGAAGUUGAAGUCGUAGAUAAGAAUCUUCAUACUCCAAGUGAUGUGAUGUUAACACUGUGUUCGACUUGAGUGUGUGGAGACGUCUCUAAAGCUGCCUGAGUUCAGCUGUUCAGCAAAUACAGUGCCUUUCCUCAUAUUCUUGGUACUUUGAACGAAAUGAUUCCACAUAUCUGACAUUCUUUUGCCUUCAUUUGAAAUAUCUUUGCCCCAUGUGUAACACUUUGCUGUAUCAUCAUCUUUUCUUAGUGAAGCUAAGCCAAACUUUGAGUCAAACCUCUUCUCACAAGCUGGUUGACAAACUUCAUCACAAACUGUAUGAUAUUCUGCAGCACAGCAGGUCCUUUGAGAUACAAGGUACACAACCUCUAUGAUGCCAAAAUGUCACUGAAGUUUAAUCCUAAAAAGAUUUACAAUGCUGUCAGGAAUCAAAAAGACUAAAAUUCACAUGCCUUAUCAAAUCCACUCAUCUCAGAAAAUGUACAGCCUGUUCCAGGUUUGAACUUGGCGUGGCGCAUGCAAGAGAAGGAGGAGGAAUACUGGUUGCUGUUUCCUUGUUCGUACCAUAACAACAUAUACAGUACAAGGUCAUUUCUACAAAAUACAAACUACAGCUGUGUAAUGAAUAGAUCAAAUGGAUGAAUCAGCGUUCAGGGUCCUGUAAGAGUCAAAGAAAAAGAAAAAAAAAUCGCAACUUGAGUAUAUCGUGGGGAAAAAAAAAACCAAAAAAAAAACUGAUUUUAAUUUUAUCCCGUAUUUCUCAGCCCUAAUGCAACAACAGCAGGACAAAACAAUAUACAGGAAGCAGAGACCAGACAGGAAAGAGUGCUUCACAGAGAAAUGCUGCACAGUAUGAUUAUCCCCUACUCAUGGUGAACGCUCUUGGUCAUCAUCUGCUGCAUUAACACAAUAACUCACUCAGAUUUCACGUGCAUGUGCAGUGUGAUAAAGAGAGAAAGUGUGUUAGUACAAGUUGCAGACACAUGUAGUAUAAGUGAUGCACAUAAAAAGCUCAAGGAGAAACAGCCACGUGUUGGAGUAUGAGGACUGACAGGGAGGAAUAGGAUGAAGCAGGACAGGAGAGCAGUGAGAGAGUGAGAUGAGGAGAUAGAGCAAUUGAAGGAUGGAGUGCAGGGCCUCUGCUCUCUGCCCUCCACUGUGUCAGGAAAUGUCAGGGAGUGUUGGAGGUGGAAUGGUAAUGGCUGCUGUGGGCAAGCCUGAUUGACACACAGAAAGGCCAGGCCACCAAGAGAGCAGAGUGGGGGAGUGGGGGAGUAGAGUAGUCGACAGAGUUGUGGGAAAGUGACAGCUGGUCUAGGUGAGGGGAAGUUGGAGGGGAGAGGAGGAAAGUGGCUGGAAAAAUGUAGGAGGUGAAAGAGAGGUAGUGGGAUGUCAUGGUGAUAUGAAGAGCUGGAGGAAGAAGGAUGAAAGUGAAGGUGCUCUCAUCUCUGCCUGAGUUUUCUGAAAGAGAAGAUGGUUGGACAUGGAUAAAAUGUUAACUAAACAAAAAAGGAGAUUGAGGGGAGAGAGAUUUAAGCAACUUGCUGCGAAGUUCAGUCACCAAAAUAAGUGAUUGUUUGAAGCUGAUCUUGUUUGAUUGGUGAGCAUGGUUUAGAGUUGCAGAGCGACUUUUUUGUUUUGUUCAGAGUGGUUCGAAUCUUUUCUUCUCUUAUUAAGUUGUCUCACAUCUGUCAUUAACAGCAAUGUACACAAUGUUCAAUGGUGUCAGUUCACACCUGUGUAUGCUGUGAACCUUUGACAGAGAAAGGAGUCAAAAUUAUACAGAGAGAAACAAAACACACCUGAGGAUAGCCCGAGGGAAUCAAAGUGUGAAACUCAGGUGUCAGCACAACAAGUGUCAGAAGUAGAAGUGUAUGUGACGUGUAAAUGUGAAGUGUAUGUGACAAGAUCCCAUAACUUUUACAAAGAGUAAUUUACAGAUGUUACGCAACCAGUCAAAGACAUACCUAAAGAAUAGGGAAUAAUUUUGCUACGCCUGUACAGGGUGGUGUUGGUGGUGGUGGUGUUGGAGGAGGAGGCGGGGUUGAAAACAUGGAAAUGCAUUAUCCUAUUUGUAUGCUAAUAAGGUGUCUUAGGAUUCAAAUGGCAAGUAUUAUGCACUCCCUAUAUGAAACACAUUAUUUUGUUUAUGUUGUGUUUUGUUGUCUACAACCCUUAUUUCUGAAAAGAGGGAACAUUGUAUACGACGUUGGUAAGAGGAGAAUUUAAAGGUUUGCAAAAAUUGUGGAAAAAAGUGGGGGGAAAAUUCUGACAAAAUAUCUGAUGUUGAAGCUGGCUGCUUGUCUCUUUUUCUAACAUAUAGGCUCUUUUUAAAGUUUAUGUCAGCAAUUAGUUUAAGAAAGCUGAACACUGAAAAAGAGCUGGUUUCAGGAAAUGAAGAAAAAUCCUGGAAAUACAGAGAGCUUUUUGGCUUCAAAUCCGUAUACAGGCGGUAGGCGGAACCAAGUUGUCCAUAGUAUAUACGGUCUAUGGACUUAACAGAGAAGCUGAGUCUCUCUGAGGUAAAGAGUAAAUAGUUUAACAAUAUCAGAAUGAUGUUUAUCUGCGUAAAAGUACGAAGAAUCUGUUGAUUUUAAUAUGUUUAGAACAAAAUAAUCAGUCCACAACUCAGUGCCAGAUGGCCUUGAUCUUUGAGCCCUCAGGCAGCACUGCAUUAAAAAUGUACAUGACUCUGUAGUGGAAACCAGUGCGUGACUAAUCAAACUCGGAAACAAUUUUUUGGAAAUUAUGGACCACAUAUCCUCGACUUUGCAUAGUAGAGGGACCACCUGGCUUGUUUUCAGCACACAGUUUUUUGGCCAGAAUCCAUGAUGGUAUGAGGAUGCUUGAGACCCUCUGACAUCAUGGGUAAUUCACAACAGGGAGGGCUCCAUUAAUACCAAAUAAUAUACAGGGGUUAGGGCUGGGCGAUAUGGAAAAAAGUUUAUCACAAUAUAUUUUCAUCAUAUCAGUCGAUAUCGAUUUAUAUUACAAUAUAAAAAAUGAAAUUUAACAGUGCUUAUUGGUAGCGUGUCUUUUGCAAUACAAUUAGCUACUGCAUCUGUGAGGUCUUUGUGUCUCUUCAACGUUUUGUUGUAAGGCGUUGCGCUAAAGAAAGCGGACUGAAUGGUCGGCUGUUUCGGCUGCACAGGCACCAUGGGCUUUUUACUCGGGGGGUUUGCAACCUUUUGCAUUGUGCGUGCUCUGCCGCGUGACUCUGCUUCAGGUGGUGAAAAAGAUUUGAGGUAUUCCCUGACUUUGCGACAACAUCUGCAUUUCUGCCGAGGGUAGCACUCAUUUUCUUUUUUUCUCACUGACAUUCUGUCGGCUUCACAUAUUAAAGUGCUAUGGUUGCGUGUAGCUGCAGCCUGCUACUACGCAGUUGUUUGCUACUUGAUUCUAAUUCAGCACAUGAUUGGUUCAGCGUGAAGUUGACCUGGAGCAACUCCCUUUUCAUAGGCUAUUCUUAUACCCUACCAAAACAUGACAGAAUGCAGACUAUCGACAAUGUUUUAUAUUGAUAUUGAGGGAAAUUAAUUUUCGAUAUAUAUCGUUAUCGUUUUAUUUUUUUUGUUUUUUGUUGUUUGUUUUUUUGUUUGUUUGUUUUUUCCUCCUGUUUUUUGUUGUUGUUGUUGUUGUUGUUGCUUUUCUGUCUGAGGACAACUGGUGGAAAUUAGCCUUAGUUAACUCCGGCUGGUUUACAAUGAGAAUAGACAUACAUAUUUCUUGUAUCAUGUCUUCUUCUCCUUGUCCAUGAACUGGUACUGUCCUGUCUAAAUAAAUGAAUAAAUAAAUAAAUAAAUAAAUCCAGGUAAUGUCUCUCCAAUGGAGAGUUGACAUGUUUCUGCAAAGCAGUUUCAAACCAGUUUGAUUUGUAAAUGCUCUGCCAUGCCGAUGGUGUUUUAGAAAAGGCUUUCCUUUCCCGCACCAUGCACAAAAACUCAGCAAACACGGAUCAACUUGAAUCCUAAGCGUCAGAUCUGGGCUGAAAACGCCAGCAUCUAUCAGGCUUGUCAGGUAGUUUCCUCUACAAACUGCACAUCAUUACAGAAACAGUGCACACAGUGAAGGCUGUUUCAGGUUAACCGUAACCUAAAGGGGAUUUCUUUUAGUACCUCUAGUUCAAAUAUGUUGAGUUAUUUCCUCCAGGGAAGUGUAUUCCCUAUGAGCAGCUUUUAUUUUGGCACAUAUCAUUAGUUUGCUUUUCCUCUAUUGUUUCUCUUCCACCAGCUGCUUGACAGGAGUUCUUCUUCUCUUACAGGGAACUGAUGCAGAGAGCAGGAUAAAUUGAACAGAGAGAGAGAAAUGAAAAGCAGGUCAUCAUUGCUAGUUUAGAAUCUCAACAGUCAAUAUUUCACCACAAAUUGGUUGGCAGUAUGUUAAUGAGAAAGUGCAGUACUCUGCAUUCUACAUUAUAGAAAGCAAAUAAGAACGACAGUAAUGAUACGCUAUAAUAAUGCCUCUAGAGAUGACAGGCAUGACACAAACAAACACACACAUUUGUGCACGAGGAACACAUGAAGUCAGGGGAGCUGGGAGUGUGGGAGAAAUGAUACCUGCCCCUUGGAUUUACAGGAACCAUCAUUAGCAUUGCAGGGGCAGAAGUAGCAGGCUCAUUAGUAAGGCAGGCACGACGGCGACUGUGCAUUUAUAAGGUUGAGUGUACCUGUGUUCCCUCCAGCACAUGAAUACAUGGGCGUGUAUACACAGAAAGCUUCCUCUUGCUUCCUGAUAGUGGGUUGCUGCAGUGAGACACACAUAUACAUACACGCAUACGUAUUUUGGGCAACUCUGUGGCUCCAGACACCCUGUUCCUGACCCUGCCCUGAUUAAAGUGACCACAGUAUUGUUGCGAUCUUCAUUUGAAUUAUUCCUGCGGCCGGCCGGAGCUGUGAACUCGCUGCACCGGCAGGCUGAUCAGGAUAUUCUUUCCUCGUGCUUUCAUCUGUGUUUAGAAAUGUGUGUGUUAUCUAUUUCUCCAGGUCCACAUGUUUGCACUCCAUAUCAGUGUGUAUUCAGGGAGCCUCAUGUUUAUUUAGCCUUCACACCAGCCCUGUUAACACUGUUAACUCUGUUUCAGCCCCCUUAGCCUCUGCUGCAGCCGUUUGACAGAAGCUAAUGGUCACCUCACCACAGACUACGCUCUAACUUGUCAUAAUACCUGCAGAAAUGUCCGGGGAAUACUCCUAAGAUCAUUUUUAACUGUUUUUUCUUUUUUUUGUUGAAGAUGAUGAUCAUGAAUUUAAAGAUGGAAUUUCAUGUGUUUUUAUUUAUUAUGGUAAAAUACAGAUGCCUUAAAUAUCAAUGUGGUGUGAUACCAUAGUGCCAUCUAGUGGUAGAGUUUGCAUACAACUGCUGUCAUGCUUCCUCAACGACUGCAUUUGUUCAAGAGCACUCUGAUGAGAGUGUGUUGUUCUUUGUCUCUCUGUUUCCCAUCUCUCACCACAGACAACUAUGCUGAACAAGCACCUGAGCUCCCUAAUGCCAGGUCUGACUGCCAAGGUCUUCAGGACAUACAACGCCUCCAUCACUUUACAGCAGCAGCUCAAAGAGCUCACCAACAGUAAGCCCAGAAUCACUGCUGUUUUAACACUACACAGCUUUUAAAUUCUGUGAGGGAUUUCCACAGGUUGAGAAACGGACUGAAUCUGAUAGUGAUCUCUCUUUAUGUCCUUCAGAAGCACGUCAGCUCUGAGCUUAAACAUUUCCCUGGAGUAACUUUUAAAGCUGAAAAUUUGGUGAGGAUGUGGCGGUCAGGUCAGAUGAUUGACAGCAGGCUGAAAAAAAAAAACUGCCUCUUUUAACCUUUCUCACUGCAAAUACUCAAAGUGAGUGAUAGAUAUCAUCAUUCAAACAUCAACACUGUUUUUAUUUGUUCCGGAAAAUCUAUUAGAGGUAUAUCUUUGCCCACACAGAGUUCCAGUGUCAACACAAACCCAAAGUUCCUCAGACCAGUAUGGAACAGCAGCGACGAACCAAGUUAACAAGAAUUUAGAAGAGACAAAUCUGAAACACAACAGACAACUUAAAGCGCAGCAAAAACAACAAUGUUAAUAUAAAGAAAGCCAUAAAUUAGGACUGAGUCAUACUGCUCCAAUUUUCAAUUAUGUUCUACAGGAUACACAAGGAAAUCUUUCCAAAGGAAGAACUAGACUCUGCAGGCUGAAGGAGAGGGGAGUUUUUUCUUUUAUUUUGUGAGCUUGUGGCUUUAUUGACAGCUUCAGAGAGCAGGAAAGAGAGGAUGACACACAUUAGACGCAAGGGAUUGAGAACUAAUCCUAUAACCAGUGUGAUGAGGACUAUGUACAUUUGGGUGGCCAUAUUCUGACUUUCCAAAAAGAGGACACAACUACGCAGGGGCGGAGUCCCGGAGUCCCACAAAGUUAAUUUUGAAAUUUUUUCGGGUCGGAUUGAGUGUCUUUUAUGUGCUUCUAACUCAGUAAGUCCAUGUGACACAAAACCUACGUACAAAACUACAGACAUUUGAAGGAUUUUAUAAACCUACCCAGACAAAGCCGGACAAGUCUGGACAGCCCCCAGAAACAAGGACAUGUCCGGGUAAAAGAGGAUGUAUGGUCACCCUAGUGUACAUAGAGAAAGGAGAAACACUUGGUAUCAACAGAUUUUCAGGACACUCUGAAUCGGAGGAAACCAGCAGCUCAUUUGCUGCUGCAGUCUGUACCACCAGGUGGUCUCUGCCUUACUAAAUGCAGCUGUUUCACUCACGUUCUUCAAUAUUCAAAUGUCCAAUCGGAAAACAAGAAAAGCGGAAAGGGAAUACGCUUUUGGUUCUCUAUUUAUUCUCAUUUAUUUGUGUAUUUGUUCAUUUUGCAUAAUGACCAAACCCAUGCUCUUCAAGGUACAUUAACUUCAUCAAAAAUACAGUGUUAGUUUUUGAAGAGCUGAAAUAACAAACUUUAUAGACGUGAUUGUAUCUGUGGGAUAAUCUCAGUUAUUCUGUGCUUUAGUUUGUCAAACUGAGAUGCAACAACAUCAAACUUUACAAUAUAUAAAAGUGACUUGGAGAUUAUCAACCAGAACAGCUGAUCAGUGCCCUGCAGGCAGAGGAACAUUUAUGCGUCAUGUCCAAGAACGGUGCCAAACUGAAAAGACUGUCUGACAGCAAACUAGGCUACUGAAAAAUUCCCAAACAGAGCACCAUGAGUAGAGCUUUUGUUAGAGUUCAAGAUGAGCUGAAUUGACCCCGUCUGAGCUUCAGUUCCAGUUCUCCAACUGAUUUCUAAAUACAAGGGGCGAACACACUAACUAUUGACAAGGACCCCCAACAGCCCCACUCCAAAAGAUCCAAAAUACCCCUCUUCGAGUACUGGAUCACAGCCCUCACCAUAGACGGGUAGUCACUUUAAUACUGUAGCAUUUGGUCUCUCAGGCUCUUCUGAUUGUCUUAUUACCUGCUACCUGUGUGACAGAAGUCCAUGAUAGAAAUGCCACACUUUUGACAAUUGCUAUUUUUAACUGGUUUGAUACUAUGAUGCCCUGACAUCAGCCAGCCUCUCCAGCCGUGGCAGGAGUGUAUUAUCACUGCAACCAGAGGCCCGCGUCUCCACCUCUUAUCAGAGCCCCAUUGGCUGCCUCCGCCACACUUUCUCAUUUAGAGAUAGAGGUGUCACACACCCUUCUCAUUUCUGAAUUGCCACUAAGAGCCGGCUGACAGGUUGGCUUCUGAUUUUGGCUUUUGUUGUGUGGGACUCAGGAGAAACGGAUGAAGCUCAAAAAGGAUGGACGGGCAUGAUUCUGGUCUUUUUGAGUUUCUGUGCUUAAGUGUGUGUUUGAUGGGAUGGUCCUUUCAAUUGAACUUUUUUGUCGCCCUCUGAAGACUCAGACAGUGUGGCAGAGAAAAUACUGGCCUACAACAGGGCCAACAGAGCGGUUGCUAUUCUCUGUAACCACCAGCGGGCGCCACCAAAGACCUUUGAUCAGUCCAUGGCUAACCUUCAGACCAAGGUAGGAACACCUGAACCUCAUUUAUUACCCAUUUACGUUUUCCUCACGGUGCCUAUGCAGAGAUGGUUGAUAUUUUGCAUCGUUAUAAGAGUUUUCUAACAUAAGAGGCUGUGGACUGAGCUUUUGCUGCAUAGUCAGUGAUAUUUUGAACCAUACAUGAAUGCCCGCUUUGUCCUUUUUCACUCCACUCAGAUUGAAGCUCGUAAAGAACAGCUGGCCCUAGCAAAGAAAGAGCUGAAACAGGCCAAAAAGGAGGCCAAGACUAAAGGCAGCUCCGACCCCAAGCUGCAGACGUAAGUGUAUGAAAGUGGUGCGCAAGAAAGCACGCUGUGGCAGUGAAAGAGUUAAUAUGACUGACAGCAGUUGUAAACAGCAAACAUCUCUUAAUCUCAAGACCAUAAUAUAUUGGCACCCUGCAUGUUUGAGUGCCUCCAGACAUCAGAAAUCACUGCUCUGCUGUGAAUAAUGAGCUGUGGGUUCAGAGUUUAGGACGUGUUAGAUCUAAAACUUAAAAUCCUGUUUGUUUGUUUGUUGUGGUGGUGGAGGCCUCCUGCUGUUCACUCACAGAAAUGAGCUUCCCUGCUGGCAAUUCUGUGUUUGCUACCACACAGUAAGAUGCACACAGAUAGACUCCUGCCUUUCUAUUUGUAUUCUCCUUAAUGUCUGAUAGAGGAGUUUGUUCACUAAAUAUUCAGACCUCAGGGACUGUUGUGUAAAUUUGAUCAAAAGCUAUCUGCAGAUAUUCUGCAGCAUAUCAGAUUUGGUUAUUCCUUUAAAAAAAAAGUAUGGUUAAGUAUUCAGGACAGUCACAUCAUUUAGUGGAUGCAUGGACUUUCUGUCUCACUCAAGUCUUUGAGGUCCAAUAAUUGCGAUUUUUUUUCUAGGGGGUGGCCUGUGCAAAAACAACAAGUGUGUCUACAACUGUGAAAAAAACAAAACAAAAACAUGCAUGUAGAGUGUAAUUUGUGGCUGGGAAGAUCGUGCAAAUAGAAAAAUUUCAGACAAUUUUACGCAACUUCUUCCACUCAAGCCGAUGAUUUCACCCAUUCUGACGUGAACAUUCCAUGCAAUACACACCCAUAAUAAUCUCAAAAUUGAUCAUGUUCAUUGAGCAGUGAGUGAUCAAAAACUAUAAUAGCUAUCAUAACAUGGAUCAAUACACCAAUAGAUGAGACCUGUGUCUACAUUUUAAAGUAUAAACGGAGUCUCUAGGUGAAAGCCGGAACAGCAGAAGUUUGAAAAACUCUAAAAAUCACUUGUCCCAUCGACAGGGUUCCUAUGCAAGUUUGAAAAGUUUGGAAAUAAAUUUGAUCAAUUUCCAGGUCUUAAAAAGUAUGGGAAAUGAAAAAUUAAGUAUGGAAAAAUAUUUAUUUUUCCAGACUUUACCACAGUUCUGAGAUAAUGUUUUCUAAAAUAGUAAAGAAGGUAUUUCCAAAAAUAGUUCUAAAAUGUAGGGUAUGGAAGAGAAUGGAAAUUCCAACUGUGUAGGAACCCUGCAUUGCCUUCAACCCAAAUUUGUCUAUAGCUUUUCAUGACUUACACUAUGUCACAAAGAAAUUGUAAAUAGUAAAGACAAGUAAUGGCUCACCGAUCCUGAUCAAACCACAUUUUGAUAUAUGAUUUGUUCCACUACUCUUCUUGCUGUAGGACCUGGAACAAAUCUAAAUUUGCCAAGGCUGGGACAGAGUUAUGUUUACUUUUCUGUUGCAUCUCCUCGACUUUACACUCUUCUUUGCAAAUCUUUGAUUUAUUACUGUCAUUUUGUAACUGAAGUGUUCCCGUCCUCCCCUUUUAUGCAGGACUUUAGCUGCCUAACAGUUUCAGCUUCAUUGAACAGUAUUAUUAGAUUUAUUUAUUUCAUCAAAUGCAAAAGGAAAACACUAAAAACAUCAUACCAGCAUUGUUUCAGCUAUACAGCUUUCUUAUUAUCUGAAUCUACUGUUCAAAUACUAAUAUCAGUUGACCAUUAUAAAAUGUGUCUGGUCCCAGUCAGGAUCUGAGUGAAGUUUGGCAUUUACUCACUGAGAUAAAGCAUGCUUCCUCUGAUACAGAUGUCUCUUUGGCAGCUAAUACUGCUCCAAAAGCCUGUCUAUCUCCAGCGUUCCUGAUGUCUUCAUGAAUGUCAGGGUUUUCUGGUGCUCCCCUGCACCAUCAGAGAUGUUGGCUUUUGAACUGCUCACCAGGAAUAAGCCACAGACCCCCUCUCUUCUUUGGCGAAGGGGAUGCAGCAUCUUUGAUUUCCAAAUAUAGUUUCAUCAUUUGGCUUUCCUAGGGUGACAAUAUGUCCUCUUUUACCUGGACAUGUCCUCUUUUUGGGAGGCUGUCCAGCACUGUCCGGGGGAGUUGAUAAAAUCCUUCAGAUGUCCGAGGUUUUGUAUGGAAGUUUUGAGUUUGUGUCGCGUUGACUUACUGAGAUGGAAGCACGUAAAAAACACUCGACCUGACCCGGAAAAAUCUACCAAGUGCGACUCCGUGCAGCCCAACAUUAAAGCCAUCCAGUAAUGGUUUUCAGCCCUUCAGACGUUUCCUCAGACUCUUUGAGUUUUUUGAUAUCGAGUACAUCAGUGGUUUUCAAGUCAAGUCCUCGAGGCUCACUGUCCUGUAUGUUUUGGAUGUUUUCCUGCUCCAACACACCUGAUUCAAAUGAUCAGCUCGUUAUUAAUCCAUUACAGAGCUUGAUAACGAGCUGAUCAUUUGAAUCAGGUGUGUUGGAGCAGGGAACCAUCCAAAACAUGCAGGACAGUGGGCCUCGAGGACUGGACUUGAGAACCACUGUUGUAGGUGAUGAUUUCUCAGAUUAUGGGGUGAAUUAACGUUAAAAACAAUCUUAAAUUGCUGAUCUUUUUAUCAGUAAAGUCAUUGAGAAUGAUAAAUCCCUCUUCUUUUAAGUUCAGAAAGACUUUUCUUCUCUCUGUAUCCCUAAUCAUUCAAUUAAUCUUUAGCUUUCCUGUCACAUCCUCGUGGAUUUCUGAGAUAUUCCACCAUAUUUUUUUUGUUAUUUCACACCUUUUUUACUCUGCUGUCACCACUGUUCUGACUUUUUCAACAUGUUGGCGGCAUCUGAUUCACGCUGAGCAAAUAAUUUUCCUAAAAGAAAGUAUUUCCCAGUGAUGAUUUAUAUUUUAAAUCAAAGUCACCAUUGAAGUGUUUUGAAAACUAUAUCCUAUUGUCCUAUCUUUUAGGGAUAGGCGGCAGUAGAUGUUUGUUUUCACCUAACUUAUACUGAAAUAUUUUUAACAAAGCUGCACCCAGACAAAAAAUGGGUCUUUCUCAUGUUAGGGAGAGAACAGUAGGUCUUAUUUUUGGCAGAAGUGUUUGACUCUACUGUACCUGCCUGCGUUUUGUGUCAGGCUGGUGGAGCGUAAGAAGGCAGCAGUGAAACGCUGCGAGGAGCAGCUGCUGAAGAUGGAGGUUCAGGCAACUGACAAAGAGGAAAACAAACAGAUUGCACUGGGUACCUCCAAGCUGAACUACUUGGACCCUCGCAUCACAGUGGCUUGGUGAGUGGAAAUUCACAUGGAGACCCUACUUUUUCCUGUUUGAAGGCACAGCACCACUUGUUUCAUACCUCCGAUUCUUAAAAAAAACAAUUUUGAGACCUUUUAAAAGGUGAACUUGUGUUUCAAACUGAAUAUUUAUUUUACAGUGUUAACUGAACAAACUUUUUUUUCCAUGCAUUCAGGUGUAAGAACAUGGGGGUACCUAUAGAAAAAGUCUACAGUAAGACCCAUAGGGACAAGUUUGCCUGGGCCAUCGACAUGACAGAAGCAGACUUUGAAUUCUGA